AUGGAUCAAGGAGAAAAUUGGACGUGGAGAAGACACCAGCUGUACGCUCACGAUCCGUCGUGGGAGGAAAAGGCCUUCGCCGAGGACUCCGCCGGGCGUCUCCUCGGCGGCUGCGUCUGGCCGCCGAGGUCCUACUCUUGCAGCUUCUGCCGUCGGGAGUUCCGGUCGGCGCAAGCGCUGGGCGGCCACAUGAACGUCCACCGCCGUGACCGAGCGAGGCUCAAGCAGUCCGUCGAAGAAGGCGGCGUCGCCGCCGAUCAUGCCGUUGCACUGCUGAAUCCCGAUCAUCAUCGUCCCUAUCUUAGGAUCUCGGAAGCGAGUGCCGCCGCCACCGCGCGCGACUUCAUCUCUCUCUCUCAGGCGAGAGAUGCGACUCCCGCCGCGUCUUCUUUUCUCGACUCGGCGGCGGCGCGCAAACGGAACGCCGACGGCGAGGAGAGCUUCAGGGCGAAAAAAUGGCGGACGGAAGAACUGGCGAGCAACGAUCACGAGGUACUCAAAUUGCUUAAACCUCCUCGUCCUGUAGAAGAGUUAGAUCUCGAGCUUAGACUCGGACAAAAUAACAAGCCUGUAGUCAUUGUGUAA